AUGAAGUGGACAUCGGCGCAGUUUUCUUCUGUAAUGGAUCCUGGAGGGGGACUGGAGGGUACCGGAGGGAUCCUGGAGGGGGACUGGAGGGUACCGGAGGGAUCCUGGAGGGGGACUGGAGGGGGACUGGAGGGUACCGGAGGGAUCCUGGAGGGGGACUGGAGGGUACCGGAGGGAUCCUGGAGGGGGACUGGAGGGGGACUGGAGGGUACCGGAGGGAUCCUGGAGGGGGACUGGAGGGGGACUGGAGGGUACCGGAGGGAUCCUGGAGGGGUUACUGGAGGGUACCGGAGGGAUCCUGGAGGGGGACUGGAGGGGGACUGGAGGGUACCGGAGGGAUCCUGGAGGGGGACUGGAGGGUACCGGAGGGAUCCUGGAGGGGGACUGGAGGGGGACUGGAGGGUACCGGAGGGAUCCUGGAGGGGGACUGGAGGGGGACUGGAGGGUACCGGAGGGAUCCUGGAGGGGUUACUGGAGGGUACCGGAGGGAUCCUGGAGGGGGACUGGAGGGGGACUGGAGGGUACCGGAGGGAUCCUGGAGGGGGACUGGAGGGUACCGGAGGGAUCCUGGAGGGGGACUGGAGGGGGACUGGAGGGUACCGGAGGGAUCCUGGAGGGGGACUGGAGGGUACCGGAGGGAUCCUGGAGGGGGACUGGAGGGGGACUGGAGGGUACCGGAGGGAUCCUGGAGGGGGACUGGAGGGUAACGGAGGGAUCCUGGAGGGGGACUGGAGGGGGACUGGAGGGUACCGGAGGGAUCCUGGAGGGGGACUGGAGGGGGACUGGAGGGUACUGGAGGGUACCGGAGGGAUCCUGGAGGGGGACUGGAGGGAUCCUGGAGGGGGACUGGAGGGGGACUGGAGGGGGACUGGAGGGAUCCUGGAGGGGGACUGGAGGGGGACUGGAGGGAUCCUGGAGGGGGACUGGAGGGAUCUUGGAGGGGGACUGGAGGGAUCCUGGAGGGGGACUGGAGGGAUCCUGGAGGGGGACUGGAGGGGGACUGUACAGUACACACGCUGUGAUUAUAAGUCCAGGUUUCUCAGUGCAUUCAGCGACUCUGCUCGUGGCUAG